AUGUAUCAAAUCCAAUCGAAAGCCUCAUCUGAUGCGGGCUGUGCUGAGUGCUCAGACCUCCUGGCCACCUUCAUGCAGAUCAUAUUGCAAAGACUGACUGCAUACGCAGGAGGGCAGAUGAAGACAGCGCCACCAAGUAAGCCUGCAAUAUACAACGACUUCACCGACUACCUCACAUAG